CAUCUCAGCGGGGAAUCAGGGCGCGGGACCUGAGCGGGGAGGGAAGGGGCCGAGGACCACCGGGCUGCGCCCCGAGAGGCGGGGACAGGCGGGGGCGCUGCGCCCGCGGGAUGUGACAUCAGCGAGCGGCGCAGGCGGCUGGAGCAGGCAGCUCCCCUCUGCUGCGCGGUGCGCACCUCGCCCGGGAGGACGCGGACCGGCCGGCGGCGGGAUGUCGGCGAAGGAGAGGCCGAAGGGCAAAGUGAUCAAGGACAGCGUCACCCUCCUGCCCUGCUUCUAUUUUGUGGAGCUGCCGAUCCUGGCCUCGUCGGUGGUCAGCCUGUACUUCCUGGAGCUCACGGAUGUCUUCAAGCCCGUGCACUCGGGGUUCAGCUGCUAUGACCGCAGCCUCAGCAUGCCCUACAUCGAGCCCACCCAGGAGGCCAUCCCGCUCCUCAUGCUGCUGAGCCUGGCUUUCGCGGGGCCCGCCAUUGCGAUCAUGGUGGGGGAAGGCAUUCUCUACUGCUGCCUGUCCAAGAGGAGGAACGGUGUGGGCCUGGAGCCCAACAUCAACGCCGGGGGCUGCAACUUCAACUCCUUCCUCAGAAGGGCCGUCCGAUUCGUCGGUGUCCACGUGUUCGGCCUGUGCUCCACGGCCCUGAUCACAGACAUCAUCCAGCUGUCCACGGGGUACCAGGCGCCCUACUUCCUGACGGUGUGCAAGCCCAACUACACCUCCCUGAACGUCUCCUGCAAAGAGAACUCCUACAUCGUGGAAGACAUCUGCUCGGGCUCGGACCUCACCGUCAUCAACAGCGGCAGAAAAUCAUUCCCUUCCCAGCACGCGACCCUCGCUGCCUUUGCCGCUGUGUACGUGUCGAUGUACUUCAACUCGACGUUAACGGACUCCUCGAAGCUCCUGAAACCCCUCUUGGUCUUCACGUUCACCAUCUGCGGCAUCAUCUGCGGGCUGACGCGCAUCGCACAGCACAAGAGCCACCCCGUGGACGUCUACUGCGGCUUCCUGAUCGGAGGAGGAAUCGCUCUGUACUUGGGCCUGUACGCCGUGGGGAACUUCCUGCCCAGCGAGGAGAGCCUGCAGCACCGGGAGGCCCUGCGGUCGCUGGCCGAGCUGCACCCUGACGCCAGCCGCGUGCUGGCGGCCAAGGCCGGGGCCUGUGACGGUAUCGCGCACACCGAAGGCAUCCUGGCCCGCACCCCCCGCGACGCCAGCGCGCUGUCCAGCCUGAAGCGCGCCAACGCGGACGUGGAGAUCAUCACCCCGCGCAGCCCGCUGGGCAAGGAGAACAUGGUGACCUUCAGCAACACGCUGCCGCGGGCCAGCACACCGUCGGUGGAGGACCCGGUGCGCCGCCACGCCAGCAUCCACGCCUCCAUGGACUCGGCGCGCUCCAAGCAGCUGCUCAGCCAGUGGAAGAGCAAGAACGAGAGCCGCAAGCUGUCCCUGCAGGUCAUGGAGCCCGAGCCCGGCCAGUCGCCGCCGCGGGCCAUCGAGCUGCGCUCCAACUCGGAGCCGGCGCGGGUCGGGGUGAACGGGGACCACCACGGGCCGGGCACCCAGUACCUGAAGAUCCAGCCGGGGCCCGGGCCCGUGUGCAACAGCGUGCCCGGGGGCCCGCGCGUGUCCCUGCAGGCGCGCCCCGGCUCCUCGCAGCUGGUGCACAUCCCCGAGGAGGCGCACGAGGCCCUGGGCGCGUCCCCCAAGGGCAGCUCGGCGCGCGCCAAGUGGCUGAAGGCGGCCGAGAAGACCGUGGCCUGCAGCCGCGGCAGCAGCCAGCCGCGCAUCAUGCAGGUCAUCGCCAUGUCCAAGCAGCAGGGCGUCCUGCAGGGCGGCCCCCCGGGCGCCGACGGCAGCGCGGUCACCUGCACGGGCUCCAUCCGCUACAAGGCGCUGACGGACCACGAGCCGGGCGGCGGCGGCAUCGUCCGGGUGGAGGCGCACCCCGAGAACAGCCGGCCGGUCAUCCAGAUCCCCGCGUCCACCGAGGGCGAGGGCAGCGGCUCCUGGAAGUGGAAGGCCCCCGAGAAGGGCAGCCUGCGCCAGACCUAUGAGCUCAACGACCUCAACCGGGACUCGGAGAGCUGCGAGUCGCUGCGGGACAGCCUGGGCUCCGGGGAGCGCAAGCGCGGCAACAUCGACGGCAGCGACCACCACCACCACGGCGUCACCACCAUCCGCGUCACCCCCGUGGACGGCAGCGAGGGCGGCUCCGAGACGCUGUCCGUGUCGUCCUCGCGCGACUCCACGCUUCGCCGGAAGGGCAACAUCAUCCUGAUCCCCGAGCGGAGCAGCAGCCCCGAGAACACGAGGAACAUCUUCUACAAGGGCACCUCCCCCACGCGGGCCUACAAGGACUGAGGGUCGGGCCGACAAACCAGCGUGGAUCCUACUCGCGCGCUGUCCCAGCAGAUGGGGGGGGGGACAGUGAGACUUUGCACCAGACUAGCCCCUCCAGCAUCCGUGACUCACGCACCCGUGGGAGCUGCUACCCUCAGCGCGUGGGGUGCCCCGGGGGAGGGAGAAGCACAAGGCGAGGACCUCAGCCAGGCCGGCAGCUCUGUGGGGGGCCAGCUCAGAGGACAGCGGUUGCCUUCCCUGGAUGCUAUGUCACUCCCCCAAUGUGCCAACAUAAGGGAUCCCCCCCCUUUCUAUUUAGCAGUGGGGGUCCAGACCUCGGUUCCCCACGCACAGGCCACCGGUUUUAUAUAUCCAUUCAGCAGAAUCCGCACCCCACACUCCCCGUGGGGGUGCUGGUUAGUCUAGUCAGUGCAUCUCCCACGCCACCCCCAGCCCCCCAGCCCCCCAGUUCUACCUAGCAGUGCAGUAGUGUGUGCAGUCCCUGCCUGAGAAACGCUACUGUGUGAGAGGACGCUGGCUGCUUCGUGGUAGAUGUGGGCACCCCGUAGCUCCCCGUAGUGGCUGUCACCGUCCACACAGGCAAAGGUUUGGUGCAUUUUUUUUUCUUAAAAACUAUGCUUUCUUCAACAACAACAACAACAUUGUGUGUUUUCAGCAAAAGGGAAUCGCUAAGUGCUUUUCUGCAUCAUUUUUGUUUCUUUGCGGCUUACUUUUUAUUUCAGUGUAGGCACGGCUAAUGAAGAAUCUGGCUUCCAGUGAGUAAAUUUGCUUCACUUAAAAAUAUAUUGUUUUAGAGAGAGCUUUUUGAAUGGUUGUGAUCCUACUCGGUGUUUUAUGGCUUGUCCUUUAUUUAUUGAUUUUCUAUAUAUUUUUUGGUGUUAUAGAUAAGCUCUGCUAUUUUUAAAGUGAAAACAACCAUUGACAUGUCGUCAGUGAAACGUAUCGCUGUGAACUUAGGAACAAGGAACCUGAGCCAAAACUUGACCUUGGGCUACAUUGCUGGCUGGCUUAGGCUGCUCUCUGAACAAGUCAUCCAAGAAUCCCACGCAGUUCCAGGUUAUUAGCUUUUUUGAUGUCCUGAUAACCAGUAAACUAGGGCCACAUCGGUGGGUUUCACCUUCUUCCUCAUUUUUAUUCAUUCGACACCCACAGGAAGAAUGUGAAACAGGUGCAAAUGGAUAACAAAAGCAUCUCCCAGAAUAAACGAAGGCUGCAUUUCUUUAAAACAUCUAAACAGGCACAGCCUUGGUGCUUCGUGUGCACACGACAGUCUUUGCUAUCUGUCCUGAAUGGGGCUUUCAGGAAAACAAUCCUAUAUAAUAAGAGGCUAAUAUGCAAAUCAACCAAACGGCAGAAUGACCGGUCGCUAGGACGCCCACUGACCACCAGGGGGCAGACGCUCAAUGCAGGAGCUGCCCCCUGGUGGUCAGUGCGCUCCCAAAGAGGGAGCACCACUCAGCCAGAAGCCAGGCUCAUGGCUGGCGAGUGCAGCGGCAGUGGCAGGAGCCUCUCCCGCCUCUGCAGCAGUGCUAAGAAUGUCUGACUGACGUGGGAGUGGGCCUAAGCCGUCAGUCAGACAUCCCCCCGAGGGCUCCCAGACUGUGAGAGGGCACAGGCUGGGCUGAGGGACCCGCCCCCCACCCCCCACCCCCACCCUGAGUGCAUGAAUUUCAUGCACCGGGCCUCUAGUAUUACCAAUAAGAACAAAAAGAAAACAUGCUGAGGUGUUUCCAACAUAAACAUUUCUGUUAGGUGCAAAGAAGUAUUUGAUCCUUGGAGCGUAGUGUGCGCUGUUUUCUACACGUUUCUUAAGAAUCCUCACCUCCAUGCAUGACUGCCAGGGGGACCCAAGGUUACAACCAGGCCCGCCCGCCUGACCGGGGCGUCGGAUACAGAGCGACCAGAAGGCCUUGUUUAGAAAGGAGGGUACCUGUCAUUACCACCUUCUGUGGGGAAGGGGCGAGCUUCCAAGAGCCGCCCACCUCCGGGAGCUUAGGGAUGUAGCCGAAACCAGCAGAACUGAAAACUCUGGCAAUAAAAUACAGAUUCAGCUCCGUCCCUCUGGCAACUUCCUUCUCGGAGCGGGGAGUGGGAACCAAGCACUGCCUUGCCCACUUCUCCCCGACACCCCCAUCCCGAGUCGCCUGGCUUUGGCCGGUUCCUAGGGAGCAAGGUUUUAGUACUCUGAAGAAAAAAACAAAACACAACGAAAACAAAUCCUGCAGCAUUUCCGGCGCAGUGUGGUAUUUCCUAAUCUUUCCUACUUCUUGACAACAGAUUUUAAAGAACUUCUCUAGUCAUUGAAGCUUUUGUUCUUUACAUAAAUCUUGAUACAUUCUUUUUCUACUCAAAGUGCCAAAGGCUACAGUUUUUAAAGACUUCCAAUUGUACCACGUUGUUAAGGAAAUCCAACGACAGCCGCUAGAACUCAGACCUCUGCAUGUGUAUUUGAUAACACAUCUUUUGUAAAAAAGAUAGUAAUAAUUACAAAAAAAUUGUUUACAUUCCACUGGUACCUUAACUUAGAGUAAGCGAGACUGACAGGUGGUACCCUUCCUCGUGUUCGAUUCCUCUCAUUUGCUCAGAGAGCCCCUCCUCCUCCCUGAGCCCUUAAGCUGUGCUUUCCUGGUAAAACCAAGUACUGAACAAAGAGAGUUAAUUAUCUUUUUAAAGUAAAUAAAGUUAUGGAAAUAGAUAUAUAAUAUAUAUAUACACAAAGUAUCGUGUUUAAUAAAAUGUUACACAGUGUUUUCCAAACUGAUCAAGUUUGUAAAGUGCUAUAGUGUAUUUUGUUAAGUACAGAUCAAAGCUAUCGUGUGAGUAUAUUGUGCUAACAUCCUAGAAAUAAAGAUUAGAUUUCUUCAUCAGAA